UUUGUUUAUUAACCUCAAUCAUUUUAAUCUAAUUUUGUUUAUGUAAAACUGUGAUAUUAAUCUGUAACUAAUUGUUUGAUUGUCGGAAGCAAUCUUGUUUAUGAUUAUAACUGCCAGAAGAGAGUAGCUAAACCUUCAGAACAAAAUCUAGUCAAAUGACAGAACUAGUUGUUCCUCCUAGUCUUAUCAAUAAACUAGGGCACAAUAUCUUAGAAAUACGAGAAAGAGCAUUAAUAACUCUUCUAUCUAAAAUUGAUAAUGGAUACAAGUUCGAAAAUAACUUGAGCCAAAGCAAGGAAAUGCUAACAAAAUUAUUUGAAUGGUUCUUAUUCAAUCCAUGUCCUCAUGAAGAGAUGGUUCUUGCUCUCAUUAAAAGGAUACUCUUGACUGAUGGUGGUACCACUCUUAUCAAUCAUUACGGCCCAAAUACUAUAAAGAAAGAGUUACAACAAGUUAAAGAAUGUUUGGAGCCCCAAUAUCACUCAGCAGUACAAGAUUUGUAUGACAUUGUUGACGCUUUCAAAGCUGAAAAAGAAAUAGUACCACCUCUUGUGAGUGAUGUUCCAUUGAGUUAUAGAUCAGGACAGAGUUGCAGGACUGCUAGAUCAAAUACUGAAAUCACAGCUACAAGUUUUGGAGGCUAUAUCAGUAAAGGGCCAUCUAUGGAGGUAGAAGUGGGAAAUGCGAAAGAAACAUUUACAGUAUCUAGAGACUCACAUUCACCUAUUGAAUUGCAUCACAACAUAGCAGAUGUUUUACCUAAUUAUACUUUCCAAUGGCAACCUUUGAUUGAGGCAGAUAAACAAGUACUAUGUUCAUUAGAAAAUUCAUUGAAAAAACCUUUGCAACCUUCAGAACUCCUUCAUUCGUGCGAGUUUUUGACAGAUGUGCUGUUACAUGAUUUCCCAGCAGAAGUAUUUCUCCAAAGACCAACAAUUGUUUUGUUAUUGCAAGAUCUUUUGGCUUGCUCUUUGUCAACAAGAGUUAGUGCUUCGGUCUUGAACUGUAUCAAUCAUUUAACAAAAUCCCUCAUACAAAGGAUAGCACAUUGUAAUGAUCCCUGCUUACGUUGUUUGAGAGAAUAUACACCACCAUCUAUUGUACAUACAUCAUUGAAUUCCGAAAUUCUACCUCUAACAGAAGAAAUUGAAUUCAAGGAAGAUUAUGAAUCACUGAAGGAGUAUGAAAUGUCAACUACAAAAUAUUGUCUGACGACUUUGAAGUGCAUCUUGGACUACUUAAUAAUAAAGCCAGAAAGUCUAAGGGAUACGGCAAAAAAGAAACAUAACAAUCUUUAUAAUGGCAUAAUAGUAAUUGAACAAAUAUUAUUCCUGUUGAAAAGAUGUUUUUGCUGUGAGAUAUUUAAUGUGCAACCAAUUGGAGCAUUCUAUGACAUACUGAAGGAGUUGAAUCUGUGUUUAAUAUCGUUUGGAGAACUACUAGAAAACUAUAGAAUCGAAGUGAAUACAAAUGAGGGUAACGCCAAGUUCAGGGCGAUUCAAAUAUGCAUCUUAAACCACUGUAUGUAUCUACUUGACAAUUUCAUCCCGUCUGAUAGGAGUGUCCACCUUCUGCCAAAAUGUUUGAAGAAUUCACUCACAAUGAGCCUGUUGGACAUUCCUAUGGCCAGAUUAUAUCCAGAACUCCACUCCGACAUGCUGAGGUAUGUCCAGACUUUCUCCAAAAUAACAGAAUCUGAAUGCUUGGAACGAUUUCGAAUUGUAAAUGAUGUUUGCGGCAGCAUGACAGCUGCGGUAGAAUUGAUGAGAAAUCACGAUGUUUUAUGCUUCUCCAAAAUAAUAAACUUAGCCAAAAAAGGAAUGCUAUGCCUACAAUUUCACGAAAACUUAUCAUUUGUGAAAAUCAUCAUUGAAGCUUGCGCAACUAAAUUCAACCUGCAUACUAAUGACGAAGAUGCUCUCAUCAUGGAAGGCGUUUUGUUGGGUCUCUUCUCAAACCAUAUAGACGAAGUUGUCGAAUACACGUUGGAAUUGUGUUACAAAAAGGUGAUAACUGCCAUUGGACCUAUGUUGAAUUUCAAUGGUUUCGGAGUGUCAAGCAGUCAGGUUGUCUUUCUGUUAAGGUCGAAAUUGCUGACUGAAAUGGCUGAGUUCGGACUUUGCAGCCAAAAUAAUCGGGUGAAGAAAUAUGCCGAAGAUAUCUUUAUACAUCUUUUGAAGUGCAAGAUUUUGGUUACUGACGAGAUAUGGGAUAAAGUAACUGCCGCUGUAAUUCCUGCUUUUCCUAUUCUUUUGGUGUAUGCCUCCAAAAUGACCCCAUUGGGGAGGACUUUGAUCAAUGUUGUGGAUCCUGAUAUUGCGAAAGAUCUGAGGUUGCCGAUAACUGAAGUGGUUAAAUCCAACAUCUUGCUGAUGUACUCCAAAGAAGAUCUGGUUCGUGAUGAGGCAUUCUCCAGACUCUGCUGGCUGUUGGCCCAACAAGAGAACUCCAAGAUGCUUCUACCCAGACUGAACAACAUCAACGACAGAAUACUAACCAAUAUAUGUCAGGUAAUCCCAGCAGGCUUUGACGUGAACAGAACCAAAAGCGCAGAGCGGUUCUACCAACCUUCCAGUCUGCAAAACGUCAUGGAACUGCUGACUUCGACAAAUACCGAACCCGGGAUCCGUAGAUCGGCCUUGACUCAAACCGCAGUCAUGAUGGAAGACUAUUUGUUGCACGAUCUAUUCAUAGAUAAAGGCGGGGUGGACAUGAUUAUAAAAAUAAUGAACGACGCGUUGAUCGAAGAAGAUUACACCAACUAUUCAGAUUCUGUCGUACCGGCAGUGGCCAUUUUGAAAAGUAUUUGCUUGCACAACAGUAACGUUCGGUAUGAGUUGAGCCAUAACCUCAAUUUGUACUAUUUGAUCCUAAGAGGGAUGUUCUUGUAUUGUACGGAAGAGAGAAUGAAGAUGGACUCGAGCACUUUGCUGUUUCUUCUGUUGUACAGUAGUUUUUUGAGGGGAACGCCAUCUAGAGGUAAUUUGGCUAUUCCAGAAGUAGUCGUAGGCAAUCUAGCUGUUCCCUUGACUUGUGCGGUUUACGGAAACACCAGCGAUUACGCCGACUGCGAUAUAACGGAAUACAUCCUUUCCGACAAAGCCAGUUCGAGUUCCGUUCAGAUACAGUGGAACGCAGAAGUUUACGGUGGCUUUCAGAAACUAACCCAACUUGGUAAUUUUGUGGAACCGGAAGGUAUAAAGAUGGUGGACCAUCUUAAAAUCCAAGCUAAAGACCUGGUACAGAUCAAGGUGUCAUCGGUAGAAUACUCCAUAGGGGAGUGUCUGAAAGAAAUGGAGAGGGGAGAAUGUUUUACCAGUUGCGAGGAAAUUCUAAACGCCCUGUUGAUUUACUUGUACUUAUACCAUUUGUGGAAGAAAGACACUGAAGGAUUCAUCUUGAAAUAUCCGUGGGAACAGCAUUUCGGAAAGUUCUUGAGAAUACUUCCAUCGAGUGAAGAUGAUGUUUGUCUUUUACAUAGCGUUGUUAAGUUUUUGAGGACUCUGGUUCCUUUCUAUAAAUUCUCGAAGGAUGGUUGCUGGAUCGCGUCCAUCAUUAAAGAUCCCACGGAUUAUUUCACAGAUUUGGUUAGUUGCGGCAAUGACACCGAUGAUCAAGCGAAACUUUUGAGUAAGGAACUCGUCGGUUUGAUAACAGAUUGCGCUUGCCAGGAGCAACAUUUUGUAGAUUACUGCGUUGAGUCUGAUCAAAAUUGUAGGGUUAGUGACGAUUGGGCGGCUGUCAUAGAAAUGGUGACAGAUAACCUCAAACUUCAAGAUCCCAACCAGCUCUAUAACUUGGCACACUUGGAUUCUCUCCUUUCUUGCUUGGUGCACCUUUCGGCAAUGCUUGGCUGGAGUAGGGCUAGAAAAAGAAGCUCUUCGAAGCAAACCAUGAAAGAGAUCAUAUCAGGUCUUUGCGAUCUGGUAGACGCUUUUCAUUACGGUAAAGGUCCUUCGGCUGCUGUUUCUCUGAUGGGGCUCAGUAUCACCAAGAACGUUAUGAUGAUCUUGAAUCAUAUCUUGGCCGAAGUGCACAGUUCCGAAGCCAAAAAUUGGGACUUGCUGUUCGUGGAAGACGCCAACCAGCCCAAUAAAAUAUUCAACUUUGUUAUUCUCUGGGAUACGAGAGAUGUGAUUCUUAGAGCAGCCGUCCUGCAAUUUUUUGCGGGUAUACUCCAGUCUUCCAGGCUUGCGAGAGAUAUCGUUGUGGAUUUGAAGAAAAAACGGAGAUGUUUAUGGACGAUGUCUUUGAACAUUUUGCUGGAUAAAGAUGAAGCAGCCAUAGUGAGAGAGAAUGCAGCGCUAAUACUUGCCAAUUUAUGCACCCACAGAAGGAUAACCUCUGACCCCCUACCUAUUUUACAUAGUGAAUUAGUUUCGCUGGAAUACGACAAAGAGACUCAUUCGAAUCCUAUCGACAGCAUAGUCGAUGUACUGGAAAAAACCAAAGCGUUGAAACAACUAAAAACCAUGAUUUUGUGUCUUUACACGAAUAACCUAUCGGAAGUUAGAAUUCAGGAGAUAACGCCUAAAUCGUCUGGGCAUCUUUAUACUUAUCGUAGUACUUCUGAUUUCACCGAAAAGAAUUGGUCUUGUACCAGUAAAAACACGAACGAAGAAUGUAACUUAGUUACACCCAGUUUGAUGAAGACGACGAUUAUAUUCUUACGUAAUCUGAUCGAAAUGACAGGUCAACCUUACGUUGACUACAUUAACGACAGUGGACUGAUCAAAUUGAUUUUUAAAUCUAUCUGUUCUCCUUCCAUCGAGAUAAGAAACACCAAAGAGCUGUCUUUGUACAUUGAAAUAUUGGAGAUGAACACCGAGAUAUGUUUUUUCCUGAACAAAACUGUACGGUUUAGUCCAGGAUGUUUGGGAACGAUUUUACACACUAAGGAUUGUUUCAACGUCUUCAUAUCGUUGCUGGAUCCUAAAAUCUAUCAUACCCAUUUACCGCAACUGAUUUAUCUGCGAAAUAAACUCUGGACUGAAAUAUUCAGUCUCAUCGGAACUUUCUUAGAGUGCGGAAUGCAAGUCGAAGAUCCCAAACGAGCUUUCGAAAUUUUGGGUAUAAUCCUGGAGGCUAUCUACAAUUGUGGCCCGAUGAACUUGAUAGCAACCGUUUGUGAAUCUAUAGAAGCUUUUGGAGCUACCGAGCUGCAAUCUGCUGUGUUGUCGGCUUUGACUCUCAUGCUUCAAAUCGAAUGUUCUGACGCAUUAACGAGAAGUGACGACGGUAAGAACUCUUUGGCGAUGAAACGCUCCAUGAAAAACCUGUUGGAUACGGUCAAAUCGCCCAAGAGCGAGGAAUCUUUGGCGAGCGAAAAAAAAUUGGAAACACCGAUGACAAAGUCUCAGCAAGCGACCAGGUAUAAGGUGAAUCUUUUGGAGAAACUUUAUUUCGGAGGGUCCAUUCAGAAGGCUCUACCUAAACCAGCGAAUGUCUUAGAGUCGAAAUCUCCCCCUUCCAACAAGAAAUACGUAGUAUCUGGUGUUCAGAUUUGUAAGCUCUUGUUGCACCUUUACGAUAUAUACGACUUGAAAUCGAAUAAGGACAGCAAUCAGAAGCAAAUCAUUCUAGCGGCUACCUCCAGUAUUUUAUGUGUGUCCACCGAAGCUAAAUAUUACGCCUUAGAUACUGGGUUUCUCCAAAAAAUCAUCGAAUCCUUGAAGGAGUUGAGUGUUAAACUAAGUCUAGAAUCCAUCGAUUGCUUCCGGAGAAUAAACGACAAAAAGAGAAUAUCACCUAUGCUGAAGGAUCUCGAUUGUGUAACUGGACUUCUGACGAAUUUUUUCAUGGAAAAUGUGGCUGUUAAAUGUGAGGCAGCCAGUCUGGGCCUUCCAGAUAUCGUGCACAAAGUGUGGGCCUGGUAUGCCAUGCAGAAAGCGUCUUUGAUAAACGUGCUGAAAAUGCUGUCCACUUUCACAACAAAUUGUCCGUUUGCGUGCCAAACCUUACCUUACACCAGUUCAGUAGCGGGCACUGGACCGAGGAAGAACACUAGCAGUGUUUCUUUAUUGCAUGUUGUAGUGUCGGUAGUUUCUCGAGAGAUGGACAUGUUGAGUAAGACGCACGAUAUGGUUCCCUUGCGCUUGUGUUUCAACAUACUGCAGAACUGUUCGGGUGUUUUAGAAUGCAGGAUUUGCAUUACGAAAACCUCCUUGUUGCAAGGUAUAAUGAAGCUGCAUCCGUCUGUGUCGAAACAGCAGAAACCUUGGGAGACCGUUGAACUGAUUUGGUUAGAAUUUUUGCAAGUGUUUACGGUAUAUCCAGAAGGACAGAUGUAUGUGGGAAAGCUGCCGGACGUUUUGGAUCUCAUCUUGAGUUUGACGCAAGGUAAUAAGUUGCAUAACAGGGAAGUUGCUCUCAGGGUUAUGCAAAAUAUAGCGUUUUACACCCCUAACAGAGCUAGACUUCUUACGACACCGAAUUUUAUAAAUACUCUUAUAGCAAAGUUGGAGAAUGGAACUAACAAGGAAAAGGUGAUAGUUGUCAAUACCAUGUGGGCUUUGGCAGCGAAUAACAUGAAAGCUAAGACGGUGUUUAAGUCCUCGAGAUUGGAUCUGAAACUUUCUGAAGCGCUUAAGAAAGUACAAUUGUUAAAUGACUAUUCUUUGGGUAGAGAUGAAAUUGAAAGAAUGGAAUAUGUCUUGGAUAUACUGAAAGAUACUGAUAGAUGUAAAUAGUACAUAUGUAUAUUUUUUUAUAGAUAUCAUUGUUUUACUGUAAUUUAUAUUUUUAUAAUAAACUGUUUCAAAUUGA